GAGGUGUCAGAGGUGACAGGGUGCUGUCCCCCAGGAUGUCGGAGGAGCAGAUCGCGGCUGUGUGCCGCUCCGUGCUGCGGGCGCUGGCCGUGCUCCAUGCCCAGGGCGUCAUCCACCGCGACAUCAAGAGCGACUCCAUCCUCCUCACGCAUGACGGGCGGGUGAAACUCUCAGAUUUCGGCUUCUGCGCCCAAGUGAACAAGGAGGUGCCGCGCCGCAAAUCCCUGGUGGGGACUCCCUACUGGAUGGCCCCCGAGCUCAUCUCCCGCCUGCCCUACGGCCCAGAGGUGGACAUCUGGUCGCUGGGGGUGAUGGUCAUCGAGAUGGUGGAUGGGGAACCCCCCUAUUUCAACGAGCCCCCCCUCAAAGCCAUGAAGCUGAUCCGGGACAACCUCCCCCCCCGGCUCAAGAACGGCCACAAGGUGUCCCCGUCCCUGAAGGGGUUCCUGGAGCGGAUGCUGGUGCGGGACCCGGCACAGCGGGCCAGCGCCCCGGAGCUGCUCCGUCACCCCUUCCGGCGUGGCGGGCCCCCCGCCUGCAUCGUGCCCCUCAUGCGGCAGCACCGGCUGCGGUGAGACUCCUCCCCACCCUGGGGGGACCCCCUGGCCCCCUGCCGCUCCGCCUGCUCCUCCUCCUCGGUGACACCCCCAAACAGGAGCAGGACUGGGAUGUUCCUGGGGCCCCCCCCAAGCUGUACUACUGAGCUGGGGACCACACAGCAGAGAUUUCGGGGGGAAGGGCAGCUGUCAUCCCAGAGAUUUGGGGAUGCAGGGGCUCAUCCUGGUCCCUCCCGCCUUUGGGACCCAUUUUGGGGCAUUUCCCCCUUUUUUUUUUGUUUUUAGUCCCCUCUUUUCUGCCCCCUUUGGGCACGGGGGUGUGGCCCCCCUACAUCUCUGUGAGAGGGGGGUCCCUAAAACUACAGUCCCCCCUCUCCCCCCACCACACCACACUACUGAUUCGGGGUGUGCCCCCCUCCCCCGGGCUCUCCUCGCCUGUUUUUGUUGAUUUUGGGGGUUUUUUUGUUGUUGUUGGUUCCUCCUCCCCGGAACUCCCCCCCGCUCCCACGGUUUUGUUUUUUAACAAAGUGAUAUUUAUAUGGACAGGUUUUGUACCGCACGGGACGGGGGGGCUCCGGGGGGACACGGGGCCCCCCCAAAUUACACGUGUCCUUUUGGA